CUUGGAUACACCCAACGGUAAACUAACAAUAUUAAACGGACAUGGCUUGAAUCUUGAUAUUAUAAAUCUGUGUUUUUUUGGUUUCUCACCCAUUCAGCAGAAUGGGCGCUCUCUGUACAUUUCUGUAGAUUUCGAGAGGUUCUUCAGCGAACGAAGAAAAUAGCAUAGUAGUGUGCAAUCACAAGGUUAAUGGCAAGUGCAGUUUUAACAGACAGGAUUUCUACAUUAACAGAUAAUUUUCUUUCAACUCAUAUUCUGUCAAAGAUUUCUUACAGAGAUGUGGUACGCUCUUCACUACUCUCCCAGAGAUGGCGGUUCUUGUGGAAGAAGUUACCCAUUCUCUGUUUUUGUCACCAAGAUUUUGAGAAACAAAAAGAUGACAUGAUAAAUGCCAUAAUUAAUAAUGCCCUGCUCCACCUGGACGCUCAUCUUUACUGUUUGGACCUUCAAGUCGCCAUGGAUAACCCUAGAACUGCCGAUAUGAACAACUGGAUUCGCCUCGCAGCUGAAAAACAGGUGGAACGCAUGGAUCUAUAUAUCUCUUACAGAGAUCCAAGGACGAGGCUUAAUGCUUUUUCCAUGGCGGAGCUUGGGGAUUGUGUUUUUAGCUGUGAAAACCUCACUGCCCUAAUUGUAAAAUUCAUCAAUCUUCCCCGGGUACCCACUAAUUUUGGGGCUUUUCGAUACCUGAAAACACUUUAUUUUGUCGGAAUUCUGAAUAUGGAUGAUGCCAUGCUUGAGGAUUUCAUGGCCGUCUGCCCACAUCUUCGAAAUUUGGGAAUUCGCGGUUGUUUGGAGUUGGAACACUUGAACAUACGUUCUUCCAACCUAAUGUACCUGAAUUUAGGAAUUUUAAGCCCUGAUAUAUCAUUGCAGGUGGCUUGCCCUCUGUUGACAGAAAUCAGCCUCACGGAUUGUGAGCAACACCAAGGGCUUAUAUUACUACAAGAAAUUUCAAGAGCAGAAUCUGUAAAAAUAAUUAAUCUUCAAAAUUAUAGUAAAGGCAAUGCAAUCAAUCCAGGACUUCCUAGUAUUACUGUUCUUAAUGGGUUUCCUCAGCUUGAAGUGUUGACAAUGCAUGGCCCAUGUUUCCAGGAGAUGAUAUCAGAUGAGAUUUCAGUAGCACAAUUGAUAUUGCCGAAUUUGAAGAUGGUGCAUGCCCAUAUUGGGCCACACAAGGGUGGACAAUCAGUGAAUUUUUUGGGUUUUCUUUUGAGAAAUUGUCCAUUAAUUGUAACAAGGGUCUUCCUGCCAAAACGCUGUCAUAAAAUCAUACAAAAGAAAUUGUUGGAUUUGGGAAAGGAAUUCUCAAAAUCAAGAUUAUCUAUUGCCACAAGAAGAAGAUCAAUGAAGUGGAAUGAAUUUUGCCAAUCUUGUGACAAAUAUAAUGAAUAUUUGUGACAGGUUAGCAGAAUUUUGAAAACUGUUGUGCUCUAGACAAUCAUAUUUUAUAAAAGCAUGGUAGAUAAAACGACCAUAUCCUGCAAUACAAAAUGCAAUCUCCUCAAAGACUUGUUAAGUUUUCAUUGUUAAGAAACAUUUCUACCUAUUUUUUGAAAUGGCUAGCCUGUAAACAGAUGUACUUUUAUACACACGGAAAAUGAGAUGGUUAUGUUACUUGGAUUUCGAA